AUGGUCCGCACCUCCGUCCUUAACGAUGCCUUGAAGAGCAUCAACAACGCCGAGAAGGCCGGCAAGCGCCAAGUCAUGAUCAGGCCCAGCUCCAAGGUCAUCACCAAGUUCCUGAGCGUCAUGCAGAAGCACGGCUACAUUGGCGAGUUCGAGGAGCUCGAUGACCACCGCUCCGGCAAGAUCGUUGUUCAGCUCAACGGCCGCCUCAACAAGACUGGUGUCAUCUCCCCCAGGUACAACGUCCGCCUUGCCGACCUCGAGAAGUGGGUCGUCAAGCUGCUGCCUGCCCGUCAGUUCGGCUACGUCAUCCUCACCACCUCGGCUGGUAUCAUGGACCACGAGGAGGCCAGGCGCAAGCACGUCGCUGGCAAGAUCAUUGGCUUUUUCUACUAG